UUCGUUAUUACCGGCCGGUGAUGCAAGGAAAGUCCUAGGAACGUGCUGACAACAUGCAAAACGACAUUCUUGAUUCAUUGGAAGAUUUACGGUAUGAUGGCCCAUUGCUGGAAGAACAGGCAUUCAGUGAUGCUCUGGAUGCAGGACCUGCCUCUGUGGAGUACACAAAAUUGGUCGCCUGGCUGACGGCAGAACUCCGCGACUUCUGUGGCCUAGAGGAAUGUGCUAAUGCUAUCAACAAUCCUGAUGAAGCCUCCAACUUUAUUAUGGAACUUGGAAGUUGUCUCCGAGAAUUGAAUUGUCCAUAUAAAGAACUGUUUGAGGGAACACAAGUCUCGGACAGACUGAACACAAGGAAAAGUCGCCUACAACUCCUUGAUUACCUCACAACAGAGCUGGCCUCGGUGAGGAUCAUGGCAUCAAAACACCCCGACCAGCUGAAGGCCAUCAAUACCACUGCUACCAAUACCACUGCCACUACCAAGCCUGUAGAAAUGGCAGAGACUGAUGUGGCUAAGCACCUUCGUCUCCUGAUGAUAGGGCUGGAAAUCUCCAAACCUCCUUCCAGCGUCACCUCAUUCCAGCUCUUCAGUAAAGUGGAGGCUAAGGUUCAGGAUCUUGUAAGUAAGUACCCAAAUCAGGCAGGUACGUCUCUACUGAAGGGUCGCCUGUCUGAAAAACAGUGGGAGCAGGUGUUGAAGAUUAAUGAGGCCCUGUGUCGCGAGUAUCAGACAAGACGGGAAAUGUUGCUGAAGCGUUUAGACGUUACAAUCCAGUCAUUCAUGUGGUCAGAGAAAGCUAAGAACAAAGAAAAUGAUAUUGCAGCUGUUUAUCAACCAGUUCGUAAAAGUCUACAAGCAAAGCCUACAAUAGGUGUAGCUAACAUCCUGUCAGCUAGAGACGACCUGACAUGCCUUGAGAAGACAAGCAGUGGUGAUGCCAGGGAGAAAACCAAGUGUGCCAUAAACAGAGUCCUGAUACCAAAGGUGCCUGAUCGAGGUGGUCGGGCAUGGGAACUAGAGCCACCUCCACCAGAAAUGCCAUCCUUCAUGAAGAGGGAUGCAGGACAACAGCGACCACAGAGUGGUCGUGGAGGUGGUCGUGGUGGCGGAGGUGGUCGUGGAGGAGGGGGAGGAGGAGGAGGAAGGGGAAAGAUACAGGGAGGCUGGGGUGAUGCAAACCCCAGCCAGCAAGGUGGCAACUGGGGACAAGGUGGAGGUGGAUACAACCAAGGGAGAGGUGGAUACCAAGGAGGAGGUGGGCGUGGCUAUGGAAACCAAGGUGGUGGUUCUGGUAACCAGGGGGGUGGAUAUGGAAACCAAGGUGGUGGCUAUGAUAACCAGGGAGGUGGCUCUGGUAACCAGGGAAGUUAUCAUCAAGGAGGACAAAGUGACAAUUAUCAAGGAGGAGGAGGAAGAGGGGGAGGUAGAGGAAGAAAAGGAAGUGGUCGAGGUGGCAGGGGACGUGGUGGCGGAUAUUGAUUAGUCGUAUAUAUUGUCACAAAGUGUCUGAUUGGUGAAGUAUGCUGAGAAAUGUCUGAAAGGUUCUUGUUCGAAAGAUUGAAUGCUAUCAAGGUAUGAUUUGUGUAGUUCAAGCUGAUGAUGUAUACCUUGUUGCUAAUGAGGGUGGUUCUGUAAUGGUUUGAUUAUCACAUGACGAUCACCUAGUUAUCACAUGGAUUUGUAUGAUGGUAUCUGCUGAAUUCCAUAAAACCUAGUCUUUUGUUAGAAAGUUUUUGCUUUCACUGAGCUCUGUAUUAAACCCAAUAUUGAAGUGUGAAUAGCCUAAUCUUACUUGCUUCAACCUAUUUAUUCCUCUGCAUUGUGUAUACAAUAUGAUAUUGACAGAUAGAGACAUGGUGAUGGGUAAUUUGUCCUUAACGUCUGUUACAAACACAGCUAUAUAACAAAAUCGGCACAACAUUUCAAACAUUUGUAUAUAAAAUCUUUCGUUUACAUCAUGAACAUAAGAUAUUAGAGUCCUUGAUAAUGAAAAUGUUUUGCUUUGAUGUUUUGAAUAUCUGAAAAGAUUUGGUCCAGUGAAAGGUUUAUAUAAUUGCUUUUACAUAGCAGAAGGGUAAGUGUUUGAUCCUGGUGAGGAAGGCACUUUUUUGUACUAAACCCCAUAAUACCCAUAUUUACCUUUUUCCUUGGUUCGCUAUGCAUUUAUUUACAAUUACAUUGUAUAAUGUACCAAAUAUUUUAGACCUCGCCUCCCAUGAAUUAUUGUUAACUUUGCCGUCCUCCCCCAUCCCACUUCCAUGCAUUUAUCAUAAUUUUAAAAGUCUGUAGUACAGCUUACUGUACCCGAUGUAUUAACUGUUGUUUGUUUUCAGAUUUGUUUUGGUCCAGUUUACAUAUUUAUGAAGAUAUGUAUUAUAUUGUUGCAUAUGUAUUUCAUGACUUUCCCAUUUAUGGGAUGACACUGAAUACCUCAAACCUUUCUUGUAAUAAAGACAAAAGCUAAGUUAAAUGUUAUUGAUAGCAAUGUAAAAAGUUACCUACAAAGUGUUAAGGAUGCUCGCAACUAGCAGCAUGCGAUAAUUAUAUCCACGAUAUUGACAUUACAUACAAAUUUAGUUUGGUUGUGUGAUUCUCAAUACAUUAUAUUGUCCAUUUGAUAUUACCCUGCUAUAUCAGAUUGUGUACUAGUAAGUGGUUCAUGUGCAUUUCAAUUAUUUAUGUAUUAAAAGUUGCAAUGUCUGGAUGACAAAAUUUCUACAUUUUUAAGCUUUAAAACUGUUUACAGCAUGUAACUUUUUUUUGUUAUCAAUACUGCUGUAUCAAGUUUUAUAUAAUGUGUUAAUAUGUUUUGUGUGUGUAUAUCUUAUACAUAUAUAUCCAAGAUGGCGGACGUUUGUGAACAGGGGGGUUGCUCACAAUUAAGCCCCCUCCCAACUUUUGGCCCAUCUUUUUUCUCAGGAGGGGGGGGGGCUUAUUGGCGAUAAAAUACGGUACAUUAUUCGAUAUUGAAAUUCAAAAUCUUGCGAAAUCUUGCAAAAGUGAAAAAUGUGCAGUCUUACAUUGCACACAGCGGUAGGGAGGUUGCCCUGGGAUACAUAUCCCAAGCUUUUAAUUCUUUUUGGGGGAGGGAUGGGGGCAUAGACAUUAACUAUAAUUCUUCUCUUUUUUACACAUCAUCAAAGAGACUCACUUUCGAUUUGGUGAACCUUUUUCAAUUAUUCAGAUAUUCUGGCCAGUCUAUUUUAACCAAAGUUGGUACAAUGUAUGAAAGUGCUAUAUGAUUAAUAUGUGUUAUUGAUGACUUGGGUAAAGAUUGUUAAAAUGUUAAAGGUCUUGGUUAGUGAAACUGGUUAUCUUUAUGAUGGAAAUUGGUAAGUGAAUGAAUGUUGAUACUCUUUUUACCUCCGGGCUACUUGCAAUAAACAUGAGCAGUAGCAGAAAUCAUUGGGAUCGAGGUUUACCUUACCUAACCCCUGUAUAGUGGCAGAUUUACCUCACCUCAUCCCUGUAUAGUGGCAGGUUUACCUCACCUAAUCCCUGUAUAGUGGCAGGUUUACCUCACCUAACCCCUGUAUAAUGGUAGAUACAGAGGUUUUAUGGGAUCGAGGGUCACCUCAUCUUAUUACUGUAUAGUGAUAGAUACAGAGCCUGAGAGGUUUCAUGGGAUUGGAGGCUUACCUCACAAAUUUCCUGUGAUGAUUUAUGAAUCCCCCUAUACCUGACCCCCAACUUGAUCUCUAGAUCUGCCACCGAUAUAAGUAAGGUGUAUUUGAACUUGUUCCUUGUUCCAUUGUAUCCUCUAUCUGCAGAGUUUUUUCUGUGCAAAUGAUGUUAUUAAUUUAUGCAAAACUUAGAAUAAAUUGUAUCAAAGCACAUUCUUUUACUCUUUUAACUGUCAUUGAUUAUGUCUCCCCUUCAAAUGAAUGGAGACAUAUUGUAUUAGUACUGGUUCUUAUGGUUCUUCUUGUUCUUCUGGUACUUCUAAUCACAACUUGUCUGGACCAUAAAUUUUAAACUGUUAAAGAUAUCUUGAUGAAACUUGAGGUAUGCUUGCAUCACCCACAAAAGGUGUGCAUUGCACUGGAAUUGGAUCACUGACCUUCACCUCAAGGUCAAAAGUCAAAUAAGUGCAACAUUUUCAGGAAAUUCUUGUCCAGCCUGUAAAUAAUAAACCGUUAGAGAUAUCUUGAUCAAACUUGAAGUAUACCUGCAUCAUCCACAGAAGGUUGCAGUGCACUUAAAUAGGUCUUGUGCCCCUCUUUUUACAGAGUUAUGGCCCUUUGUUAGUUUUUGAUACCAAAGUUUGUCUGGAGCAUAAGUUCCAUGUUAUUUCACCUACGUUGACCAAACUUACCAUAUUUAUAUAUCUUGGGAAGGCGGAAUCUCUCGCAUUAAAAUCCAAUAUGUAUAGAGCUAUGGCCCUUUGUUUAUUUUUAAUACCAAAGUUUGUACACGGUAUAACUUCAAUGUUUUUCACCUACAUUGACCAAACUUGCUAUAGUUAUGUAUAUUUUAGAAUAUACACACCUUAAUAUUGAUGUGACCUUUCUAUUCUUCAAAAUAUGCAUAUUGGCUAAUAAGAGAGACAAAUGUUUUUGUUCACAAAAACAAAUUAUGUUUUUGUUCACAAUUUUUUUUUAGUUUCUUGAUAAAAAUGGGACUUAUUUUUUGAGAGUAUUAGAAAAUAGGGAUUAGAAGUCACAGCAUUCUUCAUGGCAUUUCAGCUAAUAUAACCUAGUCUGAAGGCUUCAACAUGCAGUCACCAUUGCAUUCAUCUGUCAUUCAGUCCAUGGUUUAACCUUUUAGCAUUUUCUCCAUAAGAACCCAAGACUAAGAUUCAUGCUAUUUUGCCUAUGGCUUGUAUUAGUUCAAGGUCACAAAUAUUUGAAAAAAAUAUUGAAAUGACUCCUAAUACAUAAGGAAGUUAUGUGUGCAAUAGCUGAAAGGGAUGAAUGGAUGUGAAGUUUGUUCACAAACUUUACCUUUACCCUCGGUCAAGGUCACAGAGGUCAAAUGUGUUAUAAGAACCGUCAUUAAAUAAGCAAUGAUUCUGGACUCCUGAUACUGUGCAUGCAGCUUGCUUGUGUGAAGGACUAUCAAGAUUGAACAUAUAAAUAAUUCUAUUUAGGGUCAAAUGAUCAAAUGUAUUUAAACAUCAUCAAACGACUUCUAGUGAACUAUGCGGCACAGAAUCACGAUAUUUAGCCUGUUGCUUACUUGUACAUUGUAUGAAGGAUUGUUAAGUGAUUCAAAUAAACCAUAUUGCAUUAUGUGCAUUAAAAUAUUAAAACAGAAAUGGCAUUUGGUCUAUAUU